AUGCUGGCAGAGACAUUUGUCCCUAUUUCCAGUUUAUGUCCAAACACUACACAUGCGAACGUGGUUGGAGUUAUUAUUGCGAAAACUGAUGCCAGGGGAUUUCCUAAUAGGAGAAAUUUUGGAUCAGAACGAUUCACAUUUGGCUUCGCCAUAAAAGACUCACCAGAUCAUUUCAUAAAUGUGUCCUCAUGGGGCAGUGAGGAAUAUAUUUAUGGCCUGUGCAGUCACUUCAGAAUAGGAGACUGUGUCAUAAUUGAAAAUCCACUGGUGGUUUCUAAAGACCCAGAGAAGGAUGACAGGUUCAGUCCAUCAACACCAACUUUGUACAGGUUACUGGUGACAGAGACUCACUCAAAAAUCAGAAUGUGUUCAGAUUUAGACACGGAGAGCAGGCUUCUUCCUCUCCUCCACGUGCCCGGGAAAGAUCCGAGGGACUUCUAUUCAUUGGGAGAUAUUGUAGCGAAUGGCCAAAGCCUGGAUGCUAACACGAUUAAUAUACUUGCAGCGGUGCAAUCAGUUGGAGAGCCAAAAUACUUCACUACGUCAGAUGGGCGCAAGGGACAAAGGCUGGAAGUUAAACUCUUUGAUGAAACUGUGACCUCUUUUCCCUUAGUUAGCUGGGAUAAGGAAGCCAUUCAACUUGUGCAGACUUUUACACCGGGAGAAACAGUGCUCUUCAUUGCAGAUGCUCGAGUUAGCUUUGAUACCUUUCGCAAUACUAUGGCUGCGACUGUCACUUCAAAAACAGUUAUCACCGUCAACCCUGACACAGCUGAGGCCAAUCUGCUGUUCAAUCAUGCGAGAGAAUUAUCAGAGAGUGGGGGGCUGGAUGAACAGGAGAGACAGGGGGAAAACAUUCCUGUGGAGUCAAUCAGUGAUGUGUUGACUGUGAGCCAGGUCAAAGCCAAAAUCCAAGAGAAUUUUGAUGUUGCUUACGGAAUAACCUAUGGAUUCAUCACCACUCUGGGACUGGACUCCUCAGUUCCCAAAGUCAUACGAAGUCGGUGCUCCAAAUGCAAAUCUCUGAUCAGUGAGGAAAUCCAGGCCUGUGCUAACGCUGCCUGCCCAGGUCAAGGACAGCCUUUGGACGUGACCACAGGCUUUGACUUACUGGUGGAUAUCAGCGAUCACACGGGAACUUUACAAUCUUGUUCUCUUUCAGGGACUGUUGCAGAGAUGACACUUGGCUGUACAGUUGAAGAGUUUAUGAGUCUCUCAGAGUCUCAGAGGACAGCAAUGAAAUGGAAAUUCUUGCUUGAGAGAUGCAAGGUUUACCUCAAGGUCUUUUCUGCUCCUCGAAGCAGAAAUGGCGUGAGGGUGAGUAUUCUGUCAUGUGCACUCGCUGACCCUGUGGAAGUGAAGCAAAGCAUGUCUGCUCUGGCAAUCUAA